UUUAACAAUUCCCUUAAAAUGACACUUUUGCAUUAAAGCUGCUUGCUGUGCGAUAUAGGCGUAUUUAAAUUCGACAGUAGUCAACAUUGAGCUGUACGUGAAGGCCCUACCUAAUAUGAAGACGCUCAGAUUGUCGUUUAUACAUACGUAAAACCACCCUUCCACUGUUCCACUGACAGUGGAAACGCCACACCUGAAGCCUUUUGCAAUGGAUCCGGGCAAAGACUGAAGCCUCUCUCUCCUCCAACAAAUCCACCCGAACGACCACUCCCUGUCCCCGAGGCUUCACGUCCCGCCCCCUGGAGUGCCUGCUGGUGCCGAACUUUUAAAGUCAUUGCGACCUCUUGAAAAUCGCCUCGCUUGUUGUGGCAAACGAGCAAAUCUUCCCGUCCACAAUAUUGGGGAUUUACAUCAGAGACCCGGAGACGAGGCGAGGGGAAGCGAAUUUGGUGCACCUUUCAACCCUCCACCGGCGCACCUGUACAAGAGGUGAUGACUGUAAGCUGUAGGUGUUUGCGAGGUCGCCGUGCUUAAAGUCAGCGGAAGCAUACCUGAUUUGUCGUUGUCCUUUCGCUGAGCUUACCGCAGUUCUGAGGUAAUUUAAGUCAUGAGGCCCCCCCCUGCCCUCCUGUCCAUGCUGCUCCUCUGGUGCCUGCUUCCAGCGCCGUCCUCGCCCGCCAAGAUCGUGGUGGUCCCGCCCAUCAUGUUCGAGAGCCACCUGUACAUCUUCAAGACGCUGGCGUCGGCGCUGCACGCCGAGGGCCAUGACACAGUCUUCCUGGUGUCAGAGGGGCGCGAGGUGCCGCAGUCGGCCCACUACCGGCUGCAGCGCUACCCGGGCAUUUUCAACAGCUCCACAGCGGACGCCUUCCUGCAGGCCAAGGUGCGCAACAUUUUCUCGGGCCGCCUGACCCCGCUGGAGCUCUUCGACAUCCUCGAGCACUACUCGCGCAACUGCGACAGCGUGGUGGCCAGCGGAGACGCGAUGGCGCGCCUCCGCGCCGAGCACUUCGACCUGCUCCUCGUCGACCCCAACGAGAUGUGCGGCUUCGUGCUGGCGCACAUGCUGGCCGUGCCCUACGCCGUCUUCAGCACGGGCCUGUGGUACCCGGCCGAGGUGGGCGCGCCGGCACCGCUGGCCUACGUGCCCGAGUUCAACUCGCUGCUGACGGACCGCAUGACACUGGCGCAGCGGGCCGCCAACGCCGCUGUCUACCUGCUGUCGCGCCUGGGUGUGCAGCUGCUGGUGCUGCCCAAGUACGAGCGCAUCAUGCGCCGGCAUGGCGUGCGGCCGGCCGUGUCCAUGCAUGAGCUGGUGCAGGGUAGUCGCCUGUGGAUGCUGUGCACGGACAUGGCGCUGGAGUUCCCGCGCCCCACGCUGCCACACGUCGUCUACGUGGGCGGCAUCCUCACCAAGCCACCGGGCCCCUUGCCACAGGAGUUUGAUGCCUGGGUGAAUGACACAGAUGAGCAUGGGUUUGUGGUGGUGUCCUUCGGGGCGGGGGUGAAGUACCUCUCCGACGACAUUGCCCACAAGCUGGCAGGAGCCUUGCGUCGGCUACCUCAGAGAGUAAUCUGGAGGUUUUCUGGAGUUCCACCCAGUAACCUUGGCAACAACACUAAAUUAGUGGAGUGGAUGCCACAGAAUGACCUGUUGGGCCACAGAAACACACGCGCCUUCCUGAGUCAUGGCGGCCUGAACAGUAUCUAUGAGGCCAUGUACCACGGCGUGCCGGUGGUGGGCGUGCCCCUGUUCGGCGACCACUACGACACCAUGACGCGCGUGCAGGCCAAAGGCAUGGGCAUCAUGCUAGAGUGGAAACGCAUGACUGAAGAGGACCUGCAUUCCGCCAUGGUCAGCAUCAUCACUGACCACAGGUAUCGAGAAAGCGCACACAGGCUGUCAGUGAUCCACAAAGACCAGCCGGGCCAUCCGGUGACACGCGCUGUCUACUGGAUCGACUAUAUACUCCGUCACCAUGGCGCCGAGCACCUGCGUGCUGCGGUCUACAGCAUCCCCACAUACCAGUACUUCCUACUAGACGUCGUCAUGCUGACAGGGGCAGCCCUGCUGCUCACCUGCUACUGCGUGUACCGGAUAGGCCGGUUCCUGCGCUUGCGGCUGAGCGGGGGCGGGGCGACGGCGGCGAUGGCCAACGGACACUGCCACAAUGGUGUGGCAAACGGCAAGCACAAACGCAACGGCCACUCCAAGAGCACAGAGAAGAAACUGAAAUAGAAGGCAGGGAGCUGCUGAGCUAAUGCUAAAGCUAACUCCACAACAGGGCCUACACAGGGAAUAACCACGCGGGUCAGCAGACGGACAAACAAACAAACAAACACACGUGCACAGACACACACACACAGAAACACAGACACAGGAAGAUGCACGCCGGAAGCCAAAUCGGGAAAUCUGGGCAUGGGGGGCAAGGGGUCGAAGUGGAAGAAGCUUGUUGGGAUACUUCCGCUCCGGCCGUGCUCCGCACCCAUCAGAGUUUUCCACUUGGAAUGGCACAAAUGUUGGCAUGGGAUUCGGGAUGUCGAAUUUCUCCAUGAAGACAAAAAGUGACAGUUAUCCAAAUUUUUUUCAUGACCUAGAAGCUGUCACGAUGCCUGGGAACAUCAGGUGUCCGUCCUUGUUUAACCAUUUUUUCCAAUUGAUUUUUUUCCCUAACAAAACAAUAAAAAAAAAAAUUCUACCUUGCAUCAAAGGACCUCUAACCCCUCCCCCC